AUGUUUUUCCAUUAUGAUACAUUCACAUAUUUGUUCAUUAAAUUGAGUUUUAUAUCACUGUUUAAAAAACAAAAGUCUACAAACCAGUCAUGAUAAAAUGAUGUUGGGAUAAUUAGGGUAAUAUGUCACACAUUAAAAUAUCCUAUGAUUUUACUAAUUUUGUUUACAAAUUUAUUUAUUCUACAAUUAAAUAAUUGCCAUCAUGGUUACCCGUAAUAUCCAUACAAAUAUUUACAUUCACUAACUCAAUGCUUCUCAUAUAAAAAUUAAGUUUCAAAUUUAAAGUUUACACAGGUAGAGAGACAGAAGUUAAAUGUUUCCAGCCCCAUGAGAGAUUGGUUUUGCUAACUCUCAGCCAAUAAUCCUGAAACUGCAUAAUUCUGCACAAUCAUCUAUCCUGUGAUUCUUCACCAAAAGAAACAUGAUGGAUCGAUCGUUAAUGCAUUAUUUUAUGUAAUUUAGAAACAUGCAUGUGAAAUCCGUUAUGAGUUAUUAAAAGAACACAAAUUAAUGUAGCAGCAGAAUAAUAAUCUACACUAGUGACUACAAUGUAUUGCCUUUUAUUGCAUAGUAAAAUCAGUUGUAUUUCUUAAUGUAGUAUUUGCACAGAACAACACAAUGUUUACUGUUAUUCCACAACUGAUUUAUUGAAUUUCUUUUUGAAAUUCAAGAAAAUGUAUUAUUUUAUAUUGUGUAUUUUUGUAAUCAGUUUUCUACAUUGUUGUUUCCUUUUCAAAAUUAGUAUUGGUAAGUUUAUUUUUAACAGCCAACUUAGGAUAAUUUUAAAAGUUCAUUCAAGAGCCCGUAAUCCAAGGCAUUGGGAUUAUUACAUGUUCAUCAACUCUUGUAUUGUCCAAAGGAUUUUAUGAGUGUUGUUAAAUUACAUAUUUUUCCUUACUUUUCUUGAGGCUGAAGGAGCCCUGCACAGCAACUUAAACCUGGAUAUCUUUAACUUAGGUGCCGAAGAUAGUUAGGCUUGUUUAUACUAAGUUAAUAGAUAUAGAAUUAAUGCUUGUCUACUAAAGGUCACCAAGGUUCAAAAUAUUAUGCUUAAGCAUUCUUCUAACAUACAAUCUUUGUUAUAAAUUCAUUACUUUUGAUAGUCAUUGCUGUAAGUUAUUAUUAUCAAACAAAGUAGUCUAAUAUAAUUUACAUUAAUGUUUUUGUCACGUUUUAGUUUUGAAUUUAUAAGCUUUCAGUAGAAUAUUUAUACCUAAUAAUAAUGAAUGGCAUCAUGUGGUAGCUGAUAAAAACUAGGACUUAAAGUUUCCAGUGAACUGGGGAAGAUAGCAAAGAAUAAGAUCAUUGCAAUAUUGACACUGAGCUUUAACAUGGACUCACUCUCAUAUAUUUUUCAUUUUUACUCUAUAGCACUUGUAGUCAAAAGUCCACAGACCACAAUUGCUACCAUAUCCAAUCUUAUUCUGCUUAAGCAUACUAUAAUCUGUAAAAUAUGUUUGGUUUGAAAUAAAAUAAUUAGUUUUACUUUAACAAAUUUGUUUAGAUAACAUAGAAACAUUUUUUUUUCAGAAUUACUUUAUUUCAAAUACACCUCUCAACUAUAUAUCAUUCAGUAAAAUUUCCUGAAAAUGCCCCUUAAUUGAAACUGUGCUUGAAAUAGCUCCCUAAAAAUGUACAGAAAGCCAAACCUCAGGGUACAUCUACAACCACAAACAUUUUUUUGUUCGUUUUGAUUAUUAUGAUGAUAAAUUAGAGAAAAUGUUACAUAUAAAUAAAAAUGUAUUUAACAUUUUUGAUAUUUAAUUCCUAAUGCAAAAUUAAUCUUUUUCUAUACCUAAAUGAUAACUAGGUAUACAAAAAGACAAGGAACAUUAAUGUGAAGUAACAUUUACAAAAUUGUUUAUUUGUAUACCUCUAUUGCUUAUGGUAAAUUACAGAUAGUAAUGUACCAAUAAUUGUUAGUUUUUUCAAUUUUGAGGAAUUCUAUAACCGAACAUGCUAUAUUUUUAAAUGGUAUACAAUACUAAACUCACGGUUAAAUUGAUCACAUUUAUUUAGACCCAAAAUUAACAUAACCAUGUCUAAACCCAAAACAUGCCUCAAUAACCAGUUUCUUGUUCAGUUUGUCUCCGCCAAGUAAUUUUCUCUAAAUGUUAGUCAUAGAUCUACUGAAGGUAGCAGGUAUAUAUUUUAAUUGAGUGCGAGACCAGUGUCAAACAUAACAUAAACCAAGAGCCAAAUCUUCUCUGAUAUUACAAUUUUACAGAGAAAUGUUCAUUUAGCACUGGCAUUGAAGGAUUCUGCAGGUCACCAAUGGACUGUAUUGGUGUAAACAGUUCCAUGGAGUCAUCCAACUGCUCUAUUGGUCGCAGCUGUUGUCCAGAGAGACACGUUAGUGAAAAAAGAUGUCAUAGUUAUGCUGAUGCUGUCUACAAGCAAAAUUAUGACACCUACGACACAGACAAAGACCUGGAAGACAACAGAGAAGAUGAAUGUGGGAUAGCAGCAGUUCCUUUGAUUAUUGGAGGGGAGCAGGCAGAAUACAAAGAAUUCCCUCAUAUGGUUGUGAUCGGAUAUGGUCCACACCUGACAACUGCCAAGUGGUUAUGUGGAGGAUCUCUAGUCAGUGAGUUUUACGUACUUACUGCUGCUCAUUGCCUUAUAAGUCAACAAGGUGAACCAAGAUUUAUCAAGCUGGGUGUGAUCAAUCUAGGGAUAGAGACUAGCAAGUAUUCUCAAGUCUUCAAAGUAAGCAAGUCAAUCCCACACCCAGCAUACAAAAGUCCAAACAAGUGGCAUGAUAUUGCUUUAAUAAGACUUAAUAAAAAAGUGGAUUUUACCCCAUUUGUCCGCCCAGCCUGUCUCGACUAUGAUGGGGAGAUUACACAAGACACUGCUGUUGCCACUGGUUGGGGGUAUACAGACAAUAUCAUUGACGAAGGAAGUCAAGACCUGAUGAAAGUAGAGCUGAACAUAGCUGACAGAUCACAGUGUGAUAAAGUGUAUCACGAGGCGUUCAAAGGCAACCUAACAGACUCUGUAAUCUGUGCAGGGACACAUCAGAAGAAAGACACCUGCCAUGGUGACUCAGGAGGCCCAUUGCAGAUAGUCAGACAAGAGCCAUACUGCAUGUACAGCAUCAUCGGAGUGACAUCGUUUGGUAUUAGUUGUGGUCAUGGCGUUGCUUCAGUGUACACCAGGGUCUUCUACUACCUCCCAUGGUUAGAGAGCAUCAUAUGGCCUGAGAAAUCUUAACUCAAAAUGUUACAGUGGUAUCUUUUGUGCGCAGACUAGGAAACUAUAAGCGCCUAUAUAAGAUACUUUUAUAUACUUUAACAGUAUUUGCAAGUUCAAAUAAAUCGCUUUUACUGCAUC